AUGCUUUUCCCUCCGCUCCUUGUUAUUACCUCUAAACUCGCUCAUACACAAUUUCGCAUUCUAUCCCCCGACUCGAAUCCCCUCCUGCGAUAUGUCAUCAGAAAAACUUUCUACCACCAGUUUUGUGCUGGAGAAAAUGCAGUAGAGGUCAAGAAAACAAUCGAUGGCUUAAAAACACUGGGAUACAAAGGUGUCAUAUUGGGAUAUGCAAAAGAGGUUGUGAUGGAUGAGAAACAAACAAAUAACCUAUCGUCAUGUGGUGACCCAGAGGUUGCAGAACAAUGUAUACGGAAUGAAAUCAUUCCAUGGGCACAAGGCACUCUAGCCACUGUCAAGCUCACUUCUCCCGGGGACUUCAUUGCCCUGAAAUUCACCGGGGCCGGCAGUCAAGCGCUUUACGAUCUGACACGGAAAACCGGCCCAUCCGCUGCCCUCAGAGAAGCAAUUGAUUCCAUCUGUGACCUUGCUGCUGCUCGCGGGGUACGAUUACUAUUUGAUGCAGAACAACAAGCAGUCCAAGCUGGUAUCGAUGCAUGGACUCUCGAGUACAUGCGGAAAUACAACAAUAACGUCCCUGGCAAAGCUGUGGUCUACGGUACUUAUCAGGCUUAUCUCAAAGCCACGCCUUCAGUACUGAGUUCUCAUUUGGCUACAGCUCGGAGAGAAGGAUUUACCCUGGGCAUCAAAUUGGUCAGAGGCGCAUACUUAGGUUCUGAUCCAAGGGAUCGCAUCCAUGACACCAAACUGGAUACGGACAACGCAUAUAAUGGUAUUGCGGAAAGUGUUGUACGGAGAUCAUACGGACCGAUAUUAAGACCCACGGAAGGAGAAACCGAAUUCCCUUCAGUGAACCUUGUCUUAGCCAGCCACAACCACGAAUCCGUCCGCAAAAUCCAAGCUGUCCGAACUGCACAAGUUCAAAAUGGAGAGGAGCAAAUUGAUUUGGUUUACGCGCAAUUGCAAGGCAUGGCAGACGAGGUCAGCUGUGAACUUGUGCAUGAAGGACGAGCUAACAAAGAAGGGGCGAAGGUGGAUAUACCGAAAGCUUACAAGUAUUUAGUUUGGGGCACCACUGGCGAGUGCAUGAAGUAUCUGCUUAGGAGAGCUCAGGAGAACAAGGAAGCUGUCCAGAGGACUAGGGAUGGUAGGAAUGCUAUAGCUACGGAGUUGGUGCGACGCGUUAGAAAGUUUUUGGGAUUAGCGUCGUGA